ACGCGCCCCCUCACGUCACUUUUCCUUUAAAGACAAAGCCCCUCCCACUACGGAAGGCGAAAGGGUCUCAUCGCGGAGCCCGUUUGCAGGCUCCUUCUGCCAAACCUUACCAAUCGGCGGCCCCGCACAGGGGAAAGGUGCUGCCGAAGAGGUCCAAGAAAAGGAAUGAGCACUGAAGUCAGCAGGAGGUGCAAGAGCGGACCGAGCACAGAGGCGUAGAGGGGCUCCGGGGCGCUUGUCACUUCGUCCUCCAGCACUUGGAGGAGUGGAGUUUUUCAGUGAUCUGAUCUCAAGAUGGCUGCUCUUUUUCUAAAGAGGUUAACAUUACAAAUCACAAAGACUGAAAAUAACUGCAUUAGAAGCUGUUGGGGUAAAUAUGUCGUACAAAAGAUGGCCCCGGCACAGCCGUCCCCUAUUGCUUCUGCCCCGAGACCGUCCUGCCUAACUUACGCAAAAGCCUUUAGUACGGAAGACACUCGAGAUGAACAAAAAAAGAAAAAAAAGGAUGACACAGCUUUCAGUAACAUUGGCAGGAAAAUCAGUGAGCGCAUUAUUCACGUGCUGGACGAGCAGGGCAACGACCUGGGCCACAUGCACCGGGCGACUGUCAUCCGGCUGAUGGACGAGCGGGACCUGCGGUUGGUGCGGAGGGACCCUGGUGCUGAGCCCCCGAAGUACCAGCUCCUGACGGGCGCGCAGAUCCACCACGAGCGGCUCCGGCUGCGGGAGCUGGAGAAGGCCAAGCCCAGACCCAGGCCCACUCUGACAAAGGAGCUGACCUUUUCUUCAAAUAUUGGACAACGUGAUUUGGACACAAAGACUAAACAGAUUCAGCAGUGGAUCGAGAAAAACUACAGAGUUCAGAUUACCGUGAAGAAAGGGAAGAGUGCGGAAGAGCCUGAAAGCAAAACGGAGGACAUAUUUAAUCAGAUACUCCAGACCAUGCCUGGAAGAGCUACCUUCUCAUCCAAGCCACAGCCUAUCAGAGGGGGAAAGGCUGUGAUGUGUGUUCUCCGUCCCUUGAGCAGAAGGAAGAGACAGUGUCUACAGCAGCUCAGGGGGCCCCAAGAGGAGACCCUUUGAACAGAGAAACUGGAAACGAUGGAGAAUCCGGUGUUCCGCACCAGUGAUUUUAAUAAAAACAUGCUUCUGAUAGAAAAUAA